AUGGCGGUGCCCGGGCUGGUCCUUCUCUUGGCGGCCGUGGCGGCUGGGGCUUCCCGCGCCCCGUGGUGGGAGUCGAUCGCCAGACUGCAGCCGGAGGCGGCGGACGAGCGGCAAGCAGCGGCGGUGCGGGAGCUGCUGGAGAGGCUGGUGGGCCCGCGGGCAGCUUCCGGUUUCUCGGUGUCGGUGAACCGCUCCUUGGCCGGGCCGGGCGGACUCGACACUUACCGGUUGAGCUCCAGGACUCCGGGAGUGGUCGACGUCGCCGGUUCCAGCGGAGUGGCUGCUGCUUCGGGGAUCUACCGCUACCUGAAGGACUUCUGCGGCUGCCACGUCUCCUGGUCCGGCUCGCAGCUCCGACUCCCGGACAGUCUGCCUCCGGUACCCACCGAGAUCCUCGUCACCAGCCCCAACAGGUUCCGCUUCUACCAAAAUGUCUGCACUCAAAGCUACUCCUAUGUCUGGUGGAACUGGGAACGGUGGGAACGAGAAAUUGAUUGGAUGGCCCUCCACGGCAUAAACAUGGCGCUGGCAUUCACUGGGCAGGAAGCAAUUUGGCAGCGGGUGUAUUUGUCUCUGGGACUGAACCAGUCAGAAAUCAAUGAGUAUUUCACUGGCCCAGCCUUCCUUGCUUGGAACCGCAUGGGGAACCUGCACACCUGGGCAGGGCCACUACCUCUCUCCUGGCACCUGAAGCAGCUCUAUUUGCAGUAUAGGAUCCUGGAGAGAAUGCGUUCCCUGGGAAUGUUGACGGUGCUGCCUGCCUUCUCUGGACACAUCCCCCAUGGCAUUUUAAGGGUUUUCCCCCGAAUCAAUGCGACACGCCUGGGGAGCUGGAGUCACUUUGACUGUGCCUGCUCAUGCACCUACCUCCUGUCACCUGAAGAUCCCAUGUUCCAGGUCAUUGGGACGCUCUUCCUAAAAGAACUGAUCAAGGAGUUUGGAACAGACCAUGUUUACAGUGCUGACACUUUCAAUGAGAUGCGUCCACUCUCGUCAGAGCCUGCUUACCUGUCCAGGGUCAGCGCAGCUGUCUUUCGCUCUAUGGCUGGAGCUGACCCUGGAGCCAUGUGGUUGAUGCAAGGCUGGCUUUUCCAACAUCAGCCUGAUUUUUGGCAGCCAGCCCAAGUCCGAGCGCUCCUGCAGGGUGUGCCUCUUGGCCGGAUGGUGGUGCUAGACCUUUUUGCUGAAUCCAAGCCCGUGUAUCCUUGGACAGAAUCCUUCUACGGACAGCCUUUUAUCUGGUGUAUGCUUCACAACUUUGGUGGGAACCAUGGUCUUUUUGGCACUGUGGAGAGCAUCAACCGAGGCCCUUUUCUGGCCAGGGAGUUCCUCAACUCCACCAUGGUGGGCAUUGGCCUGACUCCUGAGGGCACUGGGCAGAACGACAUAAUGUACGAGCUCAUGACUGAUCUGGGCUGGUGCAAGGAGCCAGUGGACCUUCAGCAAUGGGUGACUGAGUACGCUGUGCAGCGUUAUGGUGUCAGGAAUGCCAAGGCGAUGGCUGCCUGGCAAUUGCUGCUCCAGAGUGUCUACAACUGUUCAGGGGUUUGCAUCAACCACAACCACAGCCCCCUUGUGCGCCGUCCUUCCUUGCGGAUGAAUACAGAGCUGUGGUACAACCAAAGCGCUGUCUAUGAAGCCUGGCGGCUGUUGCAGAGUUCAACCGGAGAGCUGGCCGCCAGCAGCACUUUCUGCUAUGACUUGGUGGAUGUGGCCCGUCAGGCCAUGCAGCAGCUGGUGAGUGACUAUUACCUAGACAUCAAGCAGGCGUUCCAGGGCCAAGCACUCUCUCGCCUGCUAACAACCGGUGGAGUGCUGGUCUAUGACCUCCUUCCAGAACUGGACAGCCUCCUAGCCAGCGAUGAGCGGUUUUUGUUGGGGCAGUGGCUGGAGUCCGCCCGUUCAAUGGCCACCAGCGACAGAGAGGCAGAACUGUAUGACCUCAAUGCACGCAACCAGCUGACGCUCUGGGGACCACUUGGCAAUAUCUUGGACUAUGCCAACAAGCAGCUAGGAGGGCUGGUGUUGGACUAUUAUGGGGUGCGCUGGAGUCUCUUUGUCUCCACCCUGGUGGAGUGCCUCAACGCAGGCAUGCCCUUCCACCAGAACCAAUUCAACCAAGCUGUUUUCCAGGUUGAGAGGGGGUUUAUCUACAACGGGAAACGGUACCCAGCCAGGCCCACUGGUAACACCCUGGAGAUAGCCCAGAAGAUAUUUCUCAAGUAUUACCCUUCUGCCAUGAAGCGUGGACAUUUGGGGGCUGCAUGAAGGAAGACUUGUUAUGGGGAGAGACAAUUCAGCUUUGGGGACCAUCAACCCAGAACUUGUUUUGUGCUUAAGCUCCAAGCCAGACCUGAAUCUGCAUGGCUUGGAUGACUGUUCUGAAUACACGAUCCAAAUGUAACUGGAACUGCAGAAAGGAAGGUGGUUGCUGAUUGGCCGAGAGAGAUCUCCAGGACUAAACCGAGCCUGUGGAAAUGUGUGCUCUUUGACCUGGAACCACUUUAUCCCUAGUUCCUCAUUUAUAAAGGCUGGUUGGUGUGUUUGGUGAUUGUUGUCAGGGUCUUGGCACAUGCUCAGAGACACUUUUGUUUGAAUUAUUCUAGGAUUCCUGCUCAGGUUAACCUCAGGGAGUGGGAGGUGGGCUCUCCUUUGCCUUAAUCAGAAUGGGAAAAUGGUGGAAGGCCUUCUGAACAAGUUACCUGCCGAAGACCACAUGCCAGCUUUUUUUCUUCUGCGGUUUUCCUUGUGCCAUCCACACCACCGCAUCUCCUAAGCAGAUGCUGGAAAACUGCAACAAGUGCUGCAGAGCAGAUUACUCCUGCUGUUUUAUGCAAACAAGCAUGUCAGGGGCUUAGAAGGCCUUUAAAGGGCUUGAGACCAAGCACUAGAAACCUCUCCUCCCCCAUGCCUUGUAAAGUUUUGGUGGCAGAAGGUAGCACACUGAUUGCAGGGCUUUAAAGAUUGUUGGGCUUCAUUUGUUGGCCCAGGAGAUUGACUUGACACCCCCCCACACACCCAUGAAGAGGGAGUUGAGCUGUUGUGUGGAGACCCCCCCUUUUUGCCAAGAUAGCCUUCCAAAGUGAGCCAGAGAUGUUUGGUUGAGGAGGGAAAAGGUCAAUGGACCCUUCAGAGUCGAACUGGUGCUUCACUGCAGUGACUCAGCUAACGCUUGCGUGAUUCUAAAAUGUCAGUGCAGAGGGUUGGGUGAGGUUAUAGAGGCCUUGUGUGUUGCAGAGGGUGUUUCCUUGCUUCUUUUAUAGGGAUUGGCCCUGAUCUGGAUAGUCCAGGUGGGCCUGAUCUCGUCAGGUUUCAGAAGCUAAGCCGGGUUGGCCUUGGUUAGUAAUUGGAUGGGAGACCUCCAACAAAGACCAGGGUUGCAGAGGCAGCCAAUGGCAAACCACCUCUGUUAGUCUCUUGCCAUGAAAACCCCACCAUGGGUGGCCAUAAGUCAGCUAUGACUUGAGGGCACUCUCUACUACAUCUACUUUAUAGGGAUUUAGGGUUUCAAUCCAGAUAAUAAAGGAAGAAAACCGAGUCUCUCUCAAUGGUGAGGGAAGGUGCAGGCUCUCAAAACUAUCCUUUCCAUCUUGUUAGCACAAAAGGAAAAAUACAGGGAAUCUUGUCAGGUAUUCCUAUAAUGCCGGUAGUAUUUCUGUUGCACAGGCAGAGUUUUCCUCCUCUUUUCCCUGUGCCUUAUUGCUCCCAAGUAACAAAGUGGUAAGUUUACAGCUCUCUUUUUCUCAGUGUCAUUCAUAACAAUGUCUAUUUUCUUGUUUAAUAUCUGAGGAAGUCCAGGGUGAUUACGCAGAGGCAGGCAAUGGCACCCCCCCCCCAACAUCUCUGGCCUUGAAAGCCCUAAGGGGCCGCCAUAAGUCAGCGGCAACUUGUCUGCACUUUACCCCCACGCAUCUGGGGGAAAACUGCCUUCUUGUGGCAAAAGAGAGCCAUAAUAAGGACUCUGCAUUGUCUGAAUGUUCUGAAAACCCAAAAAUAAUAUGGAGGCCUGUAAACACGCCGAUUUGCAUAUAUGUGCUUAAUUCUUCUUGUAAGCCCCAACCUAUGGAAAGUUGUCUCAGCACUUGGCUCCCUUGUGAAAUGCAACCAAACAUUGUCUGUACUUCUUCACAGCCUAAGGGCUAGUAACUUGCUUUCUGAAAACAAAAAAAGCUGAAAUUCUCAAGAUGUUGAUGAUUACUGGUUUCUGCAUUACUUUGAUGUGAGUGGAGAAUACACUUAGCCCCUGUGAUGAUAAGACUUGGGUUUCCACAGCCAGUUUUAAGUGCCUGUGGAAUGUUGUUGGAGCCUACAGUAUCACUGUAAAGUGCCAGUGUUCAUCAAACACGAAGACACUAUUGCCCUCAAUGGACCAAGGCUUCAGUAUAAGGCAGUUUCAUGUUUGUAUGUAUGUGAGCUUUUCCAGUACUACAUAAAUCGGGGGGCUGUGCCAUUGAUAUGCAAAUUCUGUUUGCCCUUCAGUUCUCUUACAAAACUGGAUCCUGUUUUUUAAAAUCACGUGGAUGGUAUAUUUUGA